CAGACCUACUGAAGAAUGGAAAGUGGAUUUGCAUCUGAUGCCCCUCCUUCCUUGAGCUGCAAGAGGAUAAGAUGGGAGUUUGGAGAGUUAAGUCCCAGCAGGAGAUUCAGAGCAGACUUCUACGAAGUUCUCCCCACCAUGGACUGGGUUCCCUUCUACAUCCUGCCCUUCAUUUUCUCUACAGGUUUCUGUGCUCUGCCUGUGCUGACUCAGCCUCCAUCAGCAAAUGCCUCCCUGGGAGCCUCUGUCAAGCUCACCUGCACCCUGAGCAGGGAGCACAGCAAUUACUUUGUUCGCUGGUAUCAACAGGAACCAGGGAAGGCCCCUCGGUAUUUGAUGAAGGUUAAUAGUGACGGAAGUUACAGCAAGGGGGACGGGAUCCCCAGUCGCUUCUCAGGCUCCAGCUCUGGGGCUGACCGCUAUUUAACUAUCUCUGACAUCCAGUUGGAGGAUGAAGCUGAGUAUUACUGCGGUGAGAGCCAUACAAUCGAUGGCCAAGACGGUUAUCCGGUGUUCGGCGGAGGGACCCAGCUGACCGUCCUAGGUCAGCCCACGUCGGCACCCUCGGUCACGCUCUUCCCGCCCUCCUCUGAGGAACUCGCCGCCAGCAAGGCCACCCUGGUGUGCCUCAUCAGUGACUUCUACCCCAGCGGCGUGACGGUGGCCUGGAAGGCAGACGGCAGCCCCGUCACCCAGGGCGUGGAGACCACCAAGCCCUCCAGACAGAGCAACAACAAGUACGCGGCCAGCAGCUACCUGAGCCUGUCGCCUGACAAGUGGCAAUCUCACAGCAGCUUCAGCUGCCUGGUCACGCACGAGGGCAAAACCGUGGAGAAGAAGGUGGUCCCCUCACAGUGCUCUUAGGUCCCUGAGACUUCCAGGGAUGGGGGCCUUCCUCUCCCAGAUACCCCUUUCCCAGCUCACCAUGUCCCCCUGAGUCCCCACCCAGGUUCUGCUCAGAGCAGGCAGGUCACAAUGCCAUCCCUGUUUAUUAUUUGCUCAAUAAAGAUCUCAUCAUUUAUCAUCUGA